GCCGAACACUGCGCAUGAUUUGCGGUGUCGGGAAGUGGCGGCUGCGUUGCGCUUGGGCCUCACACGCAGAGCUCUGCCUACUCGACGGCAGUUUCCCUUGUUUCAUUUUUAAGUUUCGAAGCAUCAAGCAUCAACUAGAAUUGAUUUACAUUCAAAAAUUGGACUAACACAAAUCGGACUUGAUAUUGUGGAUUUACUAACAAACAAGCAAUGUCAUCUAAUGAACAAGAAAGGCUCUUCUGUUAUAAUGGAGAAGUCCUUGUUUUUCGUUUGUCUAAAGGAAAUUUUGUAGAUAUAGGGCCUGCAAAAACAUCUGUGUUACAUGUCAGAAGGAUGGUAUUUGACAGAGGAACAGGAGUAUUUGUUCAAAAAUCCACUGGAUUCUUUAGCAUAAAAGAAGAAUACUCUCAUUUAAAAAUUAUAUGUUGCGACUGUGUUUCAGAUUUCAGAACUGGAAUUAAGCUGCCUUAUAUUAUGAUACAGUGCAUUAAAGAGAAUAGCAUUUUCAAAUAUUUUCUGCUAUUUCUUCACAGUACCAAUAAAUUUGAAAAGCGUUUGAGUUUUAGACUAGGCCAUGAGUUGGAGGACGGCCUAAAGGUACUUAAUGGCCCUUUAGUUUUAUGGAGAUAUAUCCAAACAUUCUUUUAUCUCUCUUCCCAAACUGGCAAAGUUGUUACUGUGUCCAUUAAAUUUUCCUCCAUUGAGUGGGCAGGGGAGAUUGAAAAUCUAGGUAUGGUUUUGUUAGGACCAAAAAGAUGUUAUUUAUCUGAGGAAGGAUGUACCCCAAAGCCUUCAAAAUCAGAUUAUGCAAUUUGGAAUACACAAUUUUGUGUAUACUCCCUUGAAAGGGGAGAAGUAAUAAGUGAUACGUACAUUAUCCCUCCUGUUUAUACCAGUGUGAUAACGUGUGUGCAUGUCUGUGCAGCUGAGAUUGUCAACAACCAGUUAAAAAUGUCUCUGACUGCCCUUACUCAAAAGAAUCAGCUGAUUUCAUUCCAAAAUGGGACUCCUAAAAGUGUGUGCCAGCUUCCAUUUGGAGAUCCUUGUGCAGUUCAACUUAUGGAUCCAGGUGGAGGAGACCUCCUUUUCGUUGUAUCCUUUAGGUCCAAUGAUGCUUGUGCUGUUUGGGAGAAGAACUUCCAGGUUGCUGCUAAGUGGGAGAAAAUUAGCUCAGUACUGAUAGAUGACUUUCUUGGAACUGGAACUGAACAACUACUGCUACUUUUUAAGGACUCCAUGAAUUCAGAUUGCCUGAGUUCCUUUAAAAUAACAGACCUUCACAACUUAAACUAUUCAAGUGAAACAUUGGAUUGCAAUGAAAAUGGCUUAUUUGACGACAAACAAGAGAAUUAUUAUUUGGUGGUUCUACCUCUGGAAAGAAGAUUGAAAGUUGGUUUCAUUUCUGUUCAGGAAUUACAGCAGCAUCUCUUGCUUAAGGAAAAAGUUAUUUCAAAAUCUUACAAGGCUUUAAUGAACCUGUUUCAAGGGAAAGAUGAUAGUACAUCAAGUGCAGAGGAGGAAUGUCUUGUUACUCUUUGUGGUGAAAAAGAAAAUCCUGUCUGUACCUUUGAUGAAAAGUUAUCAGACAAUUUUCAAGAUUCAGAACAGCUAGUAGAGAAGAUAUGGUAUCGUGUAAUAGAAGAUAGCUUGGUUGUUGGAGUGAAAACCACAUCUUCAUUGAAGGUGUCCCUGAAUCAUGUGACUUUAUCGCUGUCAAUGGAUCAAGCCCCUAACUCCAGCUUUCAGCUCAUUAAAUGUCAAAAUAGGGUGAUCAAGUUGAGUAGGAAUUCUUCCCCAGCACCAGGCUCAGUGCCAUAUGAAAUAAGAUCAGAGGUAAAAAAAAUCAAGUUGAGUUUUGAUCGUGAGGAAGAGGAAGAGAAAGAGGACAGCAUUGUUUGUGAACAGCCCUCUGAGAAAGAAUGUGUACAGAUGAUUACCGCUGUAACACCUCUUUCGCCACUUUUAGCAUUCAGUAAUUUUUGUUGCAUUGUGCUGCUACAAAUUAGAGAGAAAGAGAAUGGUAACUGUUCUGAAGCUCGUUAUGUUCAGUGUGGCAGAAUUUUUUUAAGUCUAGAAGAUUUUUCAAGUGGGAAAUACCUGCUGACAUUUCCGAAGAAGAAACCUAUAGAACACAUGGAAGAUCUCUUUGCUCUUCUUGCGGCAUGGCACAGAGCUUGUUUUCAAAUCAUAUCACCUAGCUAUACUCUGACUUCAAUGAAGGUAUGGCUCUUAGAAUACAUGGAAUGUGAAGUUAUCAGAGAAUUUCCAGAAAUUUGCUUUUGCAAAAGGCCAGGAAGUCUCUAUGGGACACUCUUCAGCUGGAAACAAAGAACACCAUUUGAAGGAAUUUUAAUAGUCUAUUCCAGGAAUCAAACAGUUUUGUUCCAGUGCCUUCAUAAUCUCAGCAGAGUUCUCCCUAUAAACAGUUUCUUCAAAUAUCUAAAAUUUGGAAGUGAGGAUUUCCUAAUUGGUCAUUUGGCAUUAGCUUUGGAGAAGGAAUUGGUUACCCUUGGUUCUCUUUCUUCUGCCUUAGUUAAGGUUGAAAGCAACUUGGUGCAGAGUUGUGAAGCAAGCAAAGAAAAGAAUAGUGGCGAUGUGGCUGCUUUAUCAGACAUAGAGGAAAGCAUCCGUUUCUACAGAGAAGAACUUCAGAGAGAAAAGAAGCAAACGUUGGGGAUGAACCUAAAAGUGAGUGGUGCACUUUACAGAGAAAUGACUUUGAAAUUAGCUGAGGUUCAGCUGAAAUCAGACCUUGCUGCCCAGAAACUGACUGAUUUAUGAUCACAAUCUCAGUUUGAUUAUAUUUUAGAAUAUUUUUCCCCGCCAGAAUGUUUUGGUCCUAUUUAUGUUCACUUUACAUUAAAUACCUCCUCUGUAAAAAUAAAG